UAUAUCACUAAGCUGUCACGACUAUAGUAAAGUUAAUUAAUAAUGGCGAUAAACGUAAAUUUGUCUGUUCGUUGCGAUCGCACGUAAUCCUAUAUAACGCGUUCAUCCUUUAUAAAUACACUGAAUUUUAACUAAUUGAUACUUGCGAAUGUAUUUCACAUUUAACUUUACAGCAAUCCAUAAAUACAAAAAUGUACUCGAUAACUAUGGACGAUAUAUCGACGCAAUUAGUCGCGAAAGGAAUGUCAAUGUUUCAUCGCUAAUGUGCCCAUACCAGAUCAGCGGGCCACAUUCAUCAAGAUGCGAGGCGUCGCGACGCUCCUGUUCUGCGUGGUGCUCGUCACUAUUUCUAGCUCGAGCCUCGCGCCCGACGAGGAUUUGACUAAGAGCUUCGAGGAGAUCUUGAAGGAUGAUCAGUUUGCCGUUUCGGUGAGCCACGUGAAGUCCAGGAAAAAACCAUUACAUAACAUUGAAACAUUUUUUGCGGCCGAAUACUUUAAUUCGAAAUCGAAGUUUGUCCUCAUGAUUGACAGACGAGCCAAACGAGUGAUCUUAGAGACGGUCGAGAAUAAAAAACCACGUCGCGAGCACAUCACAGCCGACAGUCUGAGUAUCGCCGAGCCAUUCAAGAAUAUCAUCGUAAUUGUCAAUCAAAAGGUGCCAGGCGCUAAGAUGGAGAUCAUCGUCGAUUGCAUUCACCAGGGUGAAAUCGCAUUGAAAAGGACCUUCAAACAAAUGGCUUCGCAAAGCGACGACUUUGACGUCCAAGUGUUUCGUGAGCGACGUUAUAGAACAAAAAUUUAUGGAAAGGCGGACAUCGAUGAGGCCCUUCGACAAGACAAUUGCGCUGGUCUUACACUAUACGACGUUGAUCGAAUCCAUAAUCAUCUCAAUAACAGUAGCCACGAAGAUAUGAUGAGGGUACGAAGGAGGGGUGAUAUUCCCGGGGAGUUUCCGACUCUAGUUGACCCUAAUGGAUGCUAUACCGACGAGACCAUGGCAAAGACCUUAAAUUUGCUCAUUGAUGCUAUCAAAAAGAUGUGGACGAAACUUGAUUUGAGUAUCGUCGAGACUAAGCGGGUUCGAGAAUUGUUAGAAAACUGCGCUGCAUGUCAAGAGAAGCCCACGCCUCCACCGCCUCCUCCGCGCAGUUGCCGCUACAACUCGCCGUGCUUCCCGGGUGCCGAGUGCCGCGACACAGCCAGCGGUCCCCAGUGUCUGCGAUGUCCAUCCGGUUACUACGGGGAUGGUCGAAACUGCCGCAGGUAUCCGAAUUGCCACGACAAUCCCUGCUUCGAGGGCGUCGAGUGCAUGGACACCGCGACAGGCUACACGUGCGGCCCGUGUCCGCGGGGCUACACUGGCAAUGGACAACACUGCGAGCGCAUCAACGGCUGCCAGCCCAACCCCUGCUUCCCCAACGUCAACUGCGUCACCUCGAACGUGCCACCGUACUUCCGUUGCGGCGGCUGCCCCACGGGAUACAACGGGAACGGGCUCAACUGCCAGCGCGAGGAUGAGUGCGACCUCGCCAAGCCCUGCUGGCAAGGUGUCCGGUGCUACAAGUAUGAGAGCGGCUACAGAUGUGACUCUUGCCCCGAUGGUAUGACCGGAAACGUAUCGGAAGGCCGGGGCGUGGAGUACGCCCUAACUCAUCGUCAGUACUGCUACAGGAUCGACCCGUGCGGCGACGACAACGGCGGCUGCACCGACAACUCAGAUUGCUUCAACUCCGAGGGAACAGCUAGAUGUGGCUCGUGCAAAAGCGGUUUUGUCGGCAAUCAGACCGUCGGCUGCCAUCCCAGUCACGACGUCUGUCCCGACGGUAUCACUAGAUGCAACCACCACGCCGACUGCAUCUGCAUCGCUGUCAAUCAGUACUCGUGCAGGUGCAACGUCGGUUGGGCGGGCGACGGCCUCGUCUGCGGCGUGGACUCGGACAGCGACGGCUACCCGGACGAGCAGCUCGACUGUGACGAUCAGCGCUGCCAAAUGGACAAUUGCCCAAAGACACCCAACAGCGGUCAGGAGGACGCGGACGGCGACGGUAUGGGCAAUGCCUGCGACGACGACGCCGACAACGACAACGUCCUCAACCUCUCGGACAACUGUCCCCUGACGGCCAACAGCGACCAAGCGGACAGCGAUCACGAAGGCCCGGACGACGUGGGCGACGUCUGCGACAAUUGCCCCUACGUCAAGAACAGGGAUCAGCACGACACUGACGGCGAUGGAAUCGGCGACGCCUGCGACGACGACAUCGACGACGACGACGUGCCGAACGACGAGGAUAAUUGCGUAAAAACGUGGAACGACGAUCAGAUGGAUUCUGAUCACGACGGCAUCGGCGACCUAUGCGACAAUUGUCCACGCACCCCGAAUGCCGACCAGGCCGACGAAGACGGCGAUCGCGUGGGCGACGUUUGCGACAACAAUACCGACAGGGAUAAGGAUGGAAUACAAGACGAUAUCGACAAUUGCAUCAGUGACCCAAAUCCCAGCCAAACUGACUCGGACAACGACGGCAUUGGUGACGAGUGUGACGAUGACGCCGACAACGACCGGGUGCCCAACGACCGAGACAACUGCCCAUACGUCUACAAUCCUGACCAAGUCGAUCUCAACGGCGACGGUGUUGGAGAUGCUUGCUACGAUGACAACGACAACGAUAAAGUUGGUAACCUCAUAGAUAUUUGUCCAAAUAACAGUCGAGUUUGGGCUACGGAUUUUCGCAAAUACGAUACCAUAGCUCUCGAUCCAUAUGGCAAAACUCAAGAGGAUCCGAUUUGGGAAAUUCACCACAAUGGCUCAGAAAUUUAUCAAACGAUGAACAGUGAUCCAGGAAUUGCCGUCGGUCUCGACAGUUUCAACGGAGUGGAUUUCGAGGGGACGUUCUUCGUAAACACGGACAUUGACGACGAUUACGUGGGCUUCGUAUUCUCUUAUCAAAAUACUCGACAAUUCUACACGGUAAUGUGGAAGAAAGUCUUGCAAACGUAUUGGGAGCCCAAGCCGUUCCGGGCUGUAGCCGAGACUGGCAUUCAGUUGAAGCUCGUCGACUCGAAGACCGGACCUGGUGAAAUCAUGCGCAACAGUCUCUGGCACACGGGAACAACGCACGAACAGGUGAAGCUGCUGUGGAAGGACCCGCGGAAGGUCGGCUGGAAGCAAUACACAUCGUACAGGUGGCGACUGAUCCACAGGCCAAGGAUCGGUCUCAUUCGAUUAUGGAUCUACGAAGGUCAGAGAUUAAUUGCCGACUCCGGUAAUAACUUCGAUUCGACGCUAAAAGGCGGAAGGCUCGGUGUCUUUGCCUUCUCCCAACAAAUGGUUCUCUGGUCCAAUCUCAAGUAUACUUGUAAAGAAACUGUGCCUUACGAGGUGUAUCGGACAUUACCCCCAAGCAUACAGCCGCUCGUCUACACCGACUUCAAUCGUCUGUGAUAGUGAGCGGUGACGUAAGAAUUUUCAGCGACCGUUCCUUCUAAGGUAUUGCCU